CCGCCGCCGCCGCCGCCCCUGACCUUUGUCCAGAUGGACCUCGCCUCCCUCGCCACCAUCAAGCCCGCCCUCGCCGCCUCCUUCGCCCACGACCGCCUCGAUGUGCUCAUCAACAACGCCGGCAUCAUGGCCGGCCCCGCCGGCCUCAGCGCCGACGGCUACGAGAUCCAGUUCGCCACCAACCACCUCGGCCACGCCAUGCUCGUCCGCACCCUGCUCCCCGUCCUGCGCCGCACCGCCGCCCUCCCCGGCUCCGACGUCCGCGUCGUGACCCUCACCUCCGUCGGCUACCAGGGCCACCCCUCCGACGGCAUCUCCUUCGCGACGCUGCGGACCACCCAGGCCGGGCCGCCGUUCCUGGGGCAGUGGACUCGCUACGGACAGAGUAAACUCGCUAAUAUCCUCUUUACCCGCGAGCUCGCCCGACUGCACCCGUGCAUCACCGCCGUCGCCGUCCACCCGGGCGUCGUCGGCACGGGUCUCGUCGAGAACCAGGGCCUCCUCAACCGCCUCAUCGUCCACGUGCCUAACAAGGUCGCCGGUGCGCCCAUCCUCUCGCCGGAGCGCGGGUGCUGGAACCAGGUCUGGGCCGCGGCCGCGGCCGCCAGGGGGGACCUCGUCAGCGGCGGCUUCUAUUUGCCGGUCGGCAGGCUGGCCGACGACAAGCUGGACCGGUUCGCGACGAACAACGAGCUGGCGGGCGAGCUGUGGCAGUGGACGGAGGGCGUCUUGGCGGGGUUUGACUGAGGGGAGGGAGAGUGUUUAGAACCCCAACCAUGUCUGAUGUAAUAUUCCAAGUCUGGAAUAUUUAGAAACGGUUCAAGCAAUCUAUAAAGGUUCCUGUAACGCAGCGAAGAAGAAAACCCAAUGGAUCGGACGU